AGUAUAUAGUUGACGCGCGCACGCAAAGUUAAUAGAACUCUUAAAUAAUAAUUAGCUUUUUGAUUAUCGCAAAUAAUGAAGCUUUGCGCAUACGUACAUGAUAAAUAUUAAUUAAUUGUACUGUCGUUGUUAAAUCUCUCAAAAUUUAUCAUUAUCAUAUCAUAUAUCAUAUAAACCCGAUUCUUUUCUUUUAUACAUAUAUACUUAUAUGUAUACAUAUAUGAUCCUCUAAUUUCAAAACAUCAGGUAUCCCAAUUUCAGCACUUUUGAAUUUUGAUUGUCCUCCCGUAAAGACCGUUCGUUCUAAAACUUUAUACUUAUAUUUCCGAUAUUUCGCGAUUCUAAUUGAGUUGAUGAAAUUAGCCUGAAUAUAUAUAAUAUACGCAGCUGCAUAUAAGUGUACGCACAUAUAUAUCUACGUAAAGUCUUAUCUAUAUUUUUCCAUUUCAGUAUCGCAAUUUUCACUCCAUUGUGGUGCAACCUCUCUCAAAAUUAAGUGACAGCCGUGUCACUGCAGAAUCUGUCCUCUUUCCGAGGGCUGCGGCAUUACCAAAAGUUUUGUUUACGUAAUGGCGUCAACUGGUGAGACCACGGCGGACGAUAGAAGCGAAACUAUCUCGGCAGCGUCCAUAACAAAUGUUCUGCCGGAUGCCACACAAAAAUCAAUAAUCAUGGAUAAGGACGCAGAUCUGGCAAGUGCUCCACCAAAGAAGACCAGGGUAGAGGUGCAGUCUCUGCCAGCCAGGCAGUAUCUAGACCAAACAGUGGUGCCUAUUCUACUACAGGCACUCUCCAGCUUGGCUAAGGAAAGGCCACCAGAUCCAAUCAAUUAUUUGGCCUCUUAUCUUCUACGAAAUAAAAGCCAGUUUGACACUGGUGGAUCUCCUCCCACCACACAAUGACUUUCGUGCAUAGGAAAUCAAUUUUGUGAACAAUUGUGCGUGCAUGCUGUCUUGAACAACAUUUUAAUUUAAAACAGUGAAAAACUGAUAAUUCAGUAAGCUUAAAGUUUUGGAGCAUUUGUUAAAUAAUACAAGCUUGUAAUUUACACACAUGUAAUCAUGUAUCCAGGCAUGCGUUAGCCUUUUUCUCUGAGUUUCGUUUGAUAAUGAAGUGUAAUAUACAGCUAUGAAGUAAUAUACAGCUAUGAAUUGUUAAAAUUUUCAAAUAUUUUUAAUCGAGACUUGCACAUUUUUACAAUAAUAAUAAUAAUGAUAAUAAUACAAUUUUUCUUUAAGGUAUAUAUUUAAAUAAAAUAUAUAUUUAACAUAA